AUGGCGUCCUCUCCGACGGUGAUAAAAGACUUUGAGGACUUCGCGAGAGUCCAUGCCAUGCUCCUGGCGGCCACUAGCUUGCCUCCGUCUCUCCACGAGCAGCUGUUCCGCAAGCUCUCCUCCGAGACCUUCGACGCUGGGAGUUACUUCGCCGUGGAGACAUGCGAGGAUGGACGGCAGCGUCGCCUCGUCCUUGCCUCAGAAUACAUGCCGAAGGAAUCUUGCGUUUUCCUCGUCGACCACGCAUGGACCUUCCGUCUGCCCUACGCCCUCAAGCAGGUCAGCGAACGGCGUGGAAGAGCUACGAGCGGGGUUUCUAUGUCUGUCUCGUUCCGUAAUGUAUCAUUUUUCUCUCGCAGCUGAAGGAAGUUCCGGGGUUGGCCGAGAGGAUGGCGUCUCUGAUGUGCGUGGACGGCGACGGAAGUCCUGCGUCUGCGGCCGACGAGGACGGGUCGCCUUUGGAAUCAGUUGGGAGUCUCGAGACUGGGGCUAGAGGCGGUGUUGUUGACAUACUGGAUAGAGAAAUGGAGAAGGCUAGGAAAAGAGGGAGUGCUUCUGGGGUUUGGUUGGAGCUCGAAGAGCUUGGUAUUGACGACGAGAUGUUGUGCUCCAUGAACUUGUGCGAUAGAUUCCCGGUAAAAUAUCCCUAUUGGUUGCUUUGAUUCUCGGCUAUCUGUUUGCAUUUGGUCUGUUGUAAAUAAUGCCUCACGCGGCUGCGAGCAAAUUAACAUUACUAAAAGGAAAAUUUCGGCAAGUGUAAAAACCUCUGUUAUUGCAGGCAUCGAGCAAGGUAGCGAAACAAUCUGCACCGAUGAAUUUCGAAAGUUUUAUUGUUUCUUCCUAUGGAUAUAUCUUGUGUUUUUGAAUUCUUUUCAGUACGAGACUAUGAAUCAAACGUUGUCGCUGUGCCAUCCAUUUUCAUGUUUUUUUUAAUGCAGUAGUUUGUCAUUAUUUUACAGACUUAUGUGAUCGGAAAACAAUUAUUCUUGAUCUCUAUCUUGUUCUUGACCAUACUGUUGACUUUGUGGUUGCAUCAGAAUUUGGUCGCCCUCAAUCUUUGGGGGAAUAAACUCCAAGAUGCAGAAACUGUUGUGCAAGAAGUGGGGAGAUGCCGAAAUCUUAGAGCUCUUUGGUUGAACGAAAAUCCAGUCUUAGAGAACAGGUUUGACCUGCUACUGUUUUUGCCUUUGUUUUUUCCAGAUACAGAAGUGACUAUGUUUCCUGCCCUCUCAUUAUUCCUGGAACCGAUUUAUGCUAAGAUUUACUCCAUGUACUAUUUUUCUAACGGCACUUUGAUCGCUAAAUCCAUCUUUCUUGAACUAUUAUGAUUUUACUCUAUUUCAUUGAGCUCACCACAUGAAACGAUAAGGUAGCAUAUUAGUGCUUGUUUGAAUGCAGCCAAGUAGGCAGACUUGGAAGUCUGACGAGGUGUUGUAUUCUGGAAAAAAGAAAAAAAAUCAAAAUAUUGUUUUUUUUUGUGUGGAAAAAACUGAAAAACAACCAAUGUCAUGGUGUCAUUCAUUGAGAACGAUUUUUAUGAGUCAAAGGGAGCUUUGUGUCCGUGUUGACUAUACCCUGUUAUAAACUGAAGAUUGUUUUAACAAAGCCACGACUUCUCUUUUUUUUUUUAUUACUUCUAUGGCUCUUCAGUCUUUCCUCAGAAUUUGACACCUUGUUUCUUCGUGCAGUAGUCAUGUUGCAGACACACUUUUGGAACUUAUACCUGGUUUGGAAAUCUAUAAUUCCGCUUUCACUAGUAAUUAUGGUGAAUGGGCUUUGGGUUUUUGCGGAGGGGUGUAUGAUAUGGAUAACCCAGAUAAUGUAUCACAUGCAACUCGUCCUUUGGAGACCAUUACGUCACUCGAUCUGUCAGACAGAUGUAUCAGGAAGUUAUCCAAUAAGGUGAUAUACCUUGUUGCUUAAAGGUUUAUGCAUUUCUAGAACAUUAGUUUCCGUUUGGAUAUGUCCCUGGAUUGCUGUUUCUUAUUCGGCUCUUUUCAAAAAAUGACUACAUAUGGCACGAAAGAUACAUUUUUUUUAUCUUCAGCGUUCAAAUCAAGUCUACAUUUUCUGGUUUCUGCUUGCACGGCGUGUGCUUAUUUUACACUUAAUUAAAACUAAUUUAAACUAGGCUUGCAUUUUAUUGCAGUAUAUUAUGGUGCAUUUACUUUUUCCCUUUAUAGUAGCAGGUCUUCUCGGGUUCUGCAAUGCCAUCUCUUUCACAUCUGAAUCUACGAGGAAACCCUUUAGAUCAGGAUUCUACUGGUGAUCUCAUAAAGUGUCUUCAAGGCUUUACUUGCCUGAAACUUCUGGAGGUAAUCUGUUGGGAAAGCAUUCAUUACUUAUGUGCGAUUAGUUGAGUUAUCACUGAUUAUUUUGUCUUGCAGAUUGAUAUUCCCGGCUCUCUUGGCUGUAGUGCAAUAAAAAUUAUUGAAGCGCUUCCCAGUCUCUCUUCUCUGAAUGGUGUGAGUACAAUGGAUAUUCUAGAAAGUGGAAAACAUGUGAUUGAUUCUGCACUUCAGCCCCGCCUACCUGAAUGGGCGUCUUCUGAUUCCCUGGCUGAUCGGAUAAUCUCUGCGAUGUGGUUAUACUUAAUGACUUACAGACUUGCUGAUGAGGAAAAAAUUGAUGAAACUCCUGUAUGGUAUGGAAACGCCACACCUACUUUAAUUUUUUACCUUUAAAUGCAAUGUGAUUCAUCACUCAAUAAUUCCUUUGAACCCUAAAAAAGUUAGAUUCUGUUGUUCUUUAUUUUAUGUCCAUGUUGUGGAACAUAGGGCUUGUCCUUGAUGCACCUCGCAUGUAGAAAACUCUUUGAGCAUAUGGUAUUCAGAGUAUGGAGGCUUGAAUGCGUAAUAGUUCUCUCGGUCGACCUUUCUAUGAUUGUUCAAGGAACUCACAUUCUAUCUCUAUUUUUUCUCUUGAUACUGCGUUUUGACGUGGUAUUGAACCCUUAACAAGUACUACUCUCUUAGAUGGAUAAUAGUUGUUUGUAUUAGCUUUUAUUUAUUACUGUCAGAUUAGGGUUUGUUGAAGAGCCCAACAACGAUCUGUUGUGCAUCCGUUCAAAUUUCAGUGAACAAUUUAUGUUGGCUUCUCUGUUGACUUGUGAUGAUACCAGUUAGUUUAGAUCAAUCUGAUGCGAUAUUGUUAUGUCAUCUAUGUUGAACCGAUAACAGUUCUCUCUAGUCAUCAGUCUGAUUGUGUCUCAGGUAUGUAAUGGACGAACUGGGCUCAGCAUUGAGGCAUAGUGACAAGGCAAACUUUAGAGUGACUCCGUUCUUAUACUUGCCAAAUGGAAAGCUCGGGUCGGCUAUAAGGUUCUCUCUUUUCUUAAGUAGCAUGGUUAUUUGUUAUAAGUUUUGUAUGGUUAUUCGUUUUAAUCAUCUUUCUUCAGACACCACGUUUGAUUUUUCGUACAUAUGCUCAGGCGUUGGUUCAUUCUUAGAACUCCUCGCUGAUUAUACUCGAAUUACAAAAAUCUUAUCCAGUGUCAGCUUUUCAGCGAUAAAAUCUAAUCACGCCGAGUUCAUUGAAAAUUCUACUGUAUCAUGUAAAUCCUAUGUUUCUGUUGAUAUCGUUGUGCCGAACAAGACUCCUUACGUGGAGUUACUGAAGUGCAUGUUGAUAGAAUACGGUUUUAUGAGCUCAGAAACGACCACAUCUGAUAAACUAAAGGAAUGACAGAUUCAGAAAUGUUUGAUUCACUUAGAAAAGCUGUAUGAGACUGUGUCCACUCCCAUUUAUGUACAUUUAAACUAACCAAACUUCUUCCAUACAUGCUCUUUCUCCUUCAUUAUUUUCUUCAGGUCAAAUCUACAUUCACAUUCCUUGAUUGAUAUUAAUGGACGUGCAAUGUACAUCUUCCUUGUAUGCUUUUCCUAAGUGUUCAUAAUGGCAAAUUCUUUUUAGUAAAAAUGGAGAAAUGAGAUACUUUUUGCCAUCCAUAUUAUUGUAUGAUGGAGUCUUCACAGUCAGUAACACAGUAGUAACUAACUAGUCAAUUAUUUCUCUUUCUGAUUGACUGCCUUUUGAAGCCGUUGUCGCAUGUCAACGGAAGCAAUUUGCCUUUUAAAGGAAUCAUUUCAUUUCAGUUUUUCAGUUCUGUGGCCGACCCGGGACGUGGUCAAAGGGGAGGAGUGCACCCGUGAUUUCCUGUUUGGGAUUGGAGAGGAUAAGCAACGUUCCGCCAGGCUUACCGCUUGGUUUCACACACCGGAGAAUUAUUUUAUUCAGGUCCUAUUUCUUAACUGCGUUGCAGAUUAUUAAAUUCGUUUAAAUGUUAGUGAUAUUUUAUUACUCCUCCAUAGGAAUUCAAGCGAUACAGUGAACAACUCCUAUCAAGAAGACUACCAUCUCCUCCUCUGGAGGCACCAACGACUACAAGUGUUCUUCCUGUUGAUGGGCAUCCACUAUGCGUUUACACAGAUAUUCCCCAAGUAGAAGAAUACCUGACUCGCCCAGAGUUUGUUCUCAGUGAGUCAUUUGCGCAUUUUUCUGCUGUUGGUUUCUUUGACUUUUGGUAAACUAGAUCAUAGAUAAUUAUGUACGCGACUAACGUAGCUGUUAGUUUGGUAAUCUAUUAAUUCGGCUCCGUUUAAGAGCUUUAAGAAAGGUUCGCAUCGAUCGGAAUGCUGAGAGAUGAACCUGCGAAUGAAUUAAAGUCUGCCAAUGAGACCGCGCUGUUCUUUGAGAUUCUUUGGCACCCAUCAUCUCUUUUGUAAGAAAGUCAGCGAUGUAUCCCAUUUGCAGCAACCGAUCCUAAAGAUGCUGAAAUUAUAUGGACAAGCCUUCAAGUGGAUGAAGAAGUGAAGAACGUGCUCGGACUAAGUCAACGCCAUUAUGUCAAUCAAUUCCCCUUCGAAGCUUGCCUGGUCAUGAAACACCACUUGGCGGAGACCAUCCAUAAGGUUUUCUCUCCCUUUGGUCCAAAUGUGCUCCGGUGAUCUUAUGAUGCAUGCCUACUACCUGGCCUCAUUUCUUACAUGCUUGAAUCGGUGCAUCAUUAGAUUUUGGAUCUGAAACCUGAAAGCCAGGUAAUAUCAGAUUUGCUGGAUCAUACGAGCUAAAAUCAAUUGCAUUAUUCGUUUUAUUCAAAUUUAUUUUCCAUGUUGACAUAAUAGGAAAAUUAUGGCUCAUCUUUUUAAAAUAUUUUUAUUUUUGCCUUUUUUUUUCAAAAAUUUAUGUGCAAUGGCUUGCGCCAAUUUUCACCGGAUAAAGUUAUGGAUUUGUGUAUUUAUGGGAUCCGAUAUUUUUCACGAUAAAAACCGGAAAAUAGUUUUCGCUAUUUAUUUUUAUUGGAGCCAAACCUGGCAAGUGAUUUUUUUUUAUCCAGUAGAAAUUAAAUAAGAGCAGAGCACCUUUAUGGGGUAUUAUUUCCGUUCAUUACUCAUACACACGUUGACUAGCUGAAGGAUGUCUGAAACUCUACCAGGCCCAAGGCUCUCCUGAUUGGCUGCAGCCCACGUAUGACCUGGAAAGUCAACUGAGCGAACUCAUCGGAGAUUACUGCCUGCGAAGGAGAGACGGCUCGGAUAAUCUGUGGAUCUUGAAGCCGUGGAACAUGGCGAGAACCAUCGAUACCACUGUGACUGGGGACUUGGCGGCUAUCAUAAGGCUCAUGGAGACCGGGCCGAAGAUCUGCCAGAAGUACAUCGAACGGCCCGCGUUGUUCCAGCAGAAGAAGUUCGAUCUGCGCUACAUCGUCCUGGUUCGCAGCAUGAACCCCGUGGAGAUUUUCCUCUCGGAUGUCUUCUGGGUACACUCUCUUCUCCCUUUUAUUUUAUUUUAUAUUUUUAAAAAUGGAAAAUACAAUAAUUAUUGUCUGACCCUAUUGGUGCAGGUGAGACUGGCGAAUAAUGAGUACACUCUCGACAAGAGCAGCCUCUUCGAGUACGAGACCCACUUCACUGUUAUGGUAAGGAGCGCGUGUGUUUUCUAUUUCUGGGCAUCGCUUAGAGGCAGUGUGGUUUGGAAAGUCUUCAUAUUUUUGAAGAAUCUAGAGAGAACCGCAAUGGGUAGCCUCUCUUUCCUCUGUUAUCUCGCUUGUUUCUAUUACUAUGUGGAAUUUAUAUUCUUCAAGAGAGAGAGAGAGAGAGAGAGAGAGAGAGAGAGAGAGACCCAAGACUGGAAAGAAAGAAAAAACCACUAUUUCCACCCGUACUUUGGUUUUAUAAUCUGUGGUUUUGUCAUUUCAGAACUAUAUCGGGCGACUGAAUCACAUGAACACCGCUGACUUCGUGAGGGAGUUCGAGAAAGAGCAUCAAGGUUAUGCCCCCUCAUCUCCAGUUCCUCUGUCCAGAUAUUAUCUCAACUCUUAUUUCUACUAUUAGUAAUAUUACUAAUAUUAAUGCCGACCACUCGAAGAGUUUCUGAUAUUAUUAUUAUUAUUAUUAUUAUUAUUGAUGCGUGUCUUCUGUGUGUGAUUGAUUGAUUCCACAGUGGAGUGGUCGGAUAUCCAUGAGAGAAUCAGGAAGAUGAUCCGGAGCGUGUUUGACUCGGCGGCGGCUGUUCAUCCGGAGAUGCACAGUUCUUCGGCCAGGGCCAUGUAUGGAGUUGACGUGAUGAUCGACUCCGCCUUCAACCCUAAACUCUUGGAGGUAUUCCCACGGCCCUUGCCGCCACUUCAACCAUGCCCGUUGACCUUUCUCAUAACUCAUUCUCGUAAUGGAAAGCUAUCUCUGGAAAGCCAACCGAUCAAUCUCAUUCUGGAGCUCCUUUCCCGGUCAGGUGACCUACUGCCCGGACUGCCACCGGGCCUGCCAGUACGACAUGGAGGCAGUUGUGGGGGGCUGUGGGGAUCUCAGGGGCUCCGACUUCUUCAACACGGUCUUCGGCUGCCUCUUCCUUGGCGAUCUCAGCCACGUGUCGCCCCUGUGA